AUGGCCGAGGCCAAUCUUACUGCUCGCCAGGACUUUGCGCCUUCGUGUCCGGCGGGAGGCACCUGGUGGGCGUGUGGAUAUGGGACAUACUUUGUCGGUUGCUGUGCAAGAGACCCGUGUGAGAUUACCUGUGCCCAGCGCAAUCUCUACCCCGGCGCCUUUAAACCGAGUGCAUACGGCACAUUUCCCGAUGCAACGUGUGGGACUGGAAGCAAGUUUUGGACUUGUACUGCUGGAGGAACCUUUUGGGGCUGCUGCAAAACAAACGCAUGCGCCCAGUCUGGCUGUCCCGACGGUGACCUCGAACCCGCAAUCCUAAAUCGUGACGACCAACGCAGUGCAUAUCAUGCCACCGGCGCCUCAACCAGCUCCUCGACUCCAACCAACUCCAUCGCCCCCUCUCCAGCAACGCACUCAAAACAUCCAGACAACGGAGUACCAGUAGCAGCCAUAGCCGGUGGCGCAGCCGGCGGGGCCUUUGCUCUCGCAUCCAUCGUCGGCCUCAUGAUCUGGUGUCUUUGUAUCCGGCGUAGAAACAAAGCUAAACGCGCCGAUCAUGACGAAACGAGUCAAGCUGGGUUUCCAGGCACCCAUGUGCGCAACAAGAGUGCAGACGACGCAUACUUCUCCGCCACACCUCAAAACGGUACUUAUACUGCAGCACACCACUUCGCACCAGCACCAGCACCGCCUCAGGAACUAGCGCCUACAAGUCCCUCAACGACACCCAAAACACCCGCGCAGUUCCGCGUGCACAAGAGUAUGUACGGGCAUGUAAGGGGGCCGUCAGAACUGCGGGGGGACGAGGCGGCGAGUGAGUUGGAGACGGGUGUGGGUCGUGGUCAUGCUAAGAAGGGGGAAAAGAGGGGGCAAGUACAAAUGGAGAUGGAGAUGCAGGAGGUCAAGCGUAAGCAGGAGCAAGAGGCAUCAUCAUUGUCAUCAGGAGUCUGGAGAGAAGCAGAGGCAGACGGAUAG